CUUCAACCUACCCCGGGCCAUUCCUCGAUCAUGACCAAGAAAUAUAUCACCGACCAUGAGGCCAUGGGCGACAAAGUCGACGUCUCCCAUGAGGAGGUUGUCCAAAUGGCUCAACUGACGGAGGAUGAGAAGGUGGUAGAAAAGAAGCUGCGACGAAGAAUUGACAGUCUGAUCAUGCCACUGGUCAUUCUCGUCUAUCUUAUGAACUACAUCGAUCGCAACAACUACGCCGCCGCCAAACUCCAGGGUCUCGAGCAGGACCUCUCCCUCAACGACUCCCAAUACCAAACCGGCUUAUCAAUCCUCUUCGUCGCAUACAUCCUCAUGCAGGUCCCCUCGAACCUGCUCCUCAAUUACAUGGGCCGCCCGUCGCUUUACCUGGGAUUCUUCACCACCGCCUGGGGCCUCGUCUCGGCCCUGACCAGCCAAGUAACCAGCUACGGGGGCAUCGUGGCAUGUCGGUUCAUCCUGGGGCUGGUGGAGGCCCCUUUCUUCGCGGGGAUCCUCUUCUACCUGUCAAAGUGGUACACCAAGAACGAACUAGCCUUCCGAAUGAGCAUCUUCUACUCCGGCUCGUUGGUCAGCGGUGCAUUCGGCAAUCUCAUCGCCGCCGGAAUUCUCGGGGGCCUACAAGGCCACCGCGGGAUGGCGGCCUGGCAAUGGCUCUACAUCAUCGAAGGCAGCAUCACAGUGGCCAUCGGGAUCGCGAUCUGCCUCCUGCUACCCGACUUCCCGGAAACCUGGAAACUACUUCCCCCCGAGAUGAAACAUGUCGCGAACCGGCGACUAGCCAUCGAAGCCGCGGAGGCGGACGUCGACGAAGGCGGGAGCAUGUCGCAGCUGAAAGGGCUGAAGCUAGCGUUCACGGAUAUCAAGACGUACGUGCUGGCGAUCGCGUAUAUGUGUAUCACGGCGGGGGCGGGGUUCCAGUACUACUUCCCGACGCUGGCGGAGACGCUGGGGUACAGCAAGAUCAUCUCGCUGCUGCUGGUGGCGCCGCCGUACGUGUUCAUGGUGUUCUACAGCCUGUUCCACUCGUACCUGUCCGACCGGGUCGGCAGCCGGUUCUGGUUCUUCCUCUACCCGAUCCCCAUCACGAUGAUCGGCUUCAUCAUCUUCAUGACAACCGAGAAUUUCGGCCCGCGCUACUUCUCCAUGUUCCUGAUGAACUUUGUGUUCGCCCAGAACGGCACCCUGUACUCGUGGAUCGCCAACGCCAUCCCCCGCCCGCCCGCCAAGCGCGCCGCCGCCUACGCCUUCAUCAACUCCAUCGGCAACUCCGCCAGCAUUUGGACCGCCUACACCUACCGCGAGCAGGACGCGCCGUACUACCGCCUCGCCAUGGGCGUGUGUAUCGGCAUGCAGGCGCUGGGCGGCAUCAUGGCCGUGUUCAUGUACUUCCAUCUGCGGUUUUUGAACAAGCGGCUCGCGCGGCUGGAGGACGAGGAUGCCGUACUGACGGACCAGGAGUUGGACCGGUUGCAGCGGACGGCCGAGGUGGAGGGGAUCGAUGUUGCGGCGGCGCGCAGGCUGCAGAAGGGGUUCCGUUAUGUGAUAUGAUUUAUGAUGACGAACGAACAUUUUGGGUUUCUCGCAUUCUGCAUUAAGAUUAAACUUUCUUUUGACCGAUUCCGUACAAAUGGUAGGCAAGAAGAUGAAUGAAGUGACUUACCUGCCGGACCGCUCAC